GGGUGCAUUCUCUGAAGUUGUUUUGGCUGAAGAGAGAGCAAGUGGGAAACUCUUUGCAGUCAAGUGCAUUCCCAAGAAGGCACUGAAGGGAAAGGAAAGCAGCAUAGAGAAUGAAAUUGCAGUCCUGAGAAAGAUCAAGCAUGAAAAUAUAGUUGCCCUGGAAGACAUCUAUGAAAGUCCAAACCAUUUAUAUCUGGUCAUGCAAUUAGUGUCUGGGGGUGAGCUUUUUGACCGCAUUGUCGAGAAAGGGUUCUACACUGAGAAGGAUGCCAGCACCCUGAUCCGGCAGGUCCUGGAUGCUGUCUACUACCUGCACCGAAUGGGCAUUGUGCACAGGGACCUCAAGCCCGAGAACCUGCUUUACUAUAGCCAGGAUGAAGAGUCAAAAAUCAUGAUCAGUGACUUUGGACUGUCAAAGAUGGAGGGUAAAGGAGAUGUGAUGUCCACAGCCUGCGGGACUCCUGGCUAUGUUG